CACACAACAACAAACGAGAGGGAGGCAGCAGCUGGGAGAGAAGGAGACAGACUGCGUAAAGAGAAGGGAAGAGAGAGAGAGAGACGCGGGGACAGUUUUUCACGCACAUCAAUGGAGGUUUUCUCCGCAGCAGAGGAGGAGAUCUGACGGAGAGAAAAUCCGCUCAAAAUGGCUAAAAACCAGGAAGUGGAGCGCAUCGCCAAAAAACUGGAUAAAAUGGUGCACAAGAAGAACACGGACGGCGCUCUUGACCUGCUGAGGGAGUUGAAGAACAUCAAAAUGUCUCUGGAGACUCUGCAGUCCACCAGAGUUGGAAUGUCGGUGAACGCUGUGAGGAAACAGAGCUCAGAUGAUGAAGUUCAGACUCUGGCCAAAGCUCUCAUCAAGUCCUGGAAGAAACUGCUGGAUGGUUCAGAUGGUAAAUCAGAGGAAAAGGAAAAGAAGAAAAAGGAGGGCUCUCCCGUGAGGUCAUCGUCCACCUCCAAGGACUCUUGCAGCAGCGAGAAAAGCAGUAAGAAGUCUGGGGAUCCCCCUACCACCCCAACCUCGCCCACCACACCCACCUCACCCACCUCACCCACCACGCCCACCCUCCCUCUUAUGGUCACCUCCUUCCCCCCUGCCCCUGUCACCUCCGACAGUGUCCGGAACAAGUGUCGAGAGCUGCUGGUGGCCGCGCUGCAGACUGACGAUGAUCACAAAACCAUUGGAGUCAACUGCGAGCACCUUGCAGCACAAAUCGAGGAGCAGAUCUUCCGUGAGUUUAAAUCGACAGAUAUGAAAUAUAAAAGUCGUCUGCGGAGCCGCAUCUCCAACCUGAAGGAUCAGAAGAAUCCUGACCUGCGGCGUAACGUCCUAUGUGGAAACAUCUCGCCUCAACGCAUUGCCUCCAUGACUGCUGAGGAGAUGGCGAGUGCAGAGCUGAAGCUGAUGAGAGAGGCUCUGACUAAAGAGUCCAUCAGAGAGCAUCAGCUGUCGAGGGUCGGAGGCACUGAGACGGACAUGUUCAUCUGCAGCAAGUGUCAUGGAAAGAACUGCUCAUACACACAGGUGCAAACUCGCAGUGCUGAUGAGCCCAUGACCACCUUUGUGUUGUGUAAUGGCUGUGGCAACCGAUGGAAGUUCUGUUGAAGAGGAUGUGUGUGAAUAUUAUUCCAUCAUGAAGCAGACUAACUAAAGUGAAUUGAAUUUGGAUUAAAAAAAAUGAAUUUAGUUUUCUUUCUUUUGUAUAAUUUCUUUUUUAUAUAUAAAACUUAAAGCUGUAAUAUAUUUGGAGAAAAAUAUGCCAGUUCAUGUUGUCUAUUGGUUUAAUUUGUUUUGUAUGGAGCACUUAGAGUUAAUUUCUUACGGUAGAUGAAGCUUUAUGCCAGAUUGAAAUCACAUUUAGGCCUUGUGGAAACAGUGGAUGUGCCUUUCUUUGCCAUGUUGUGCUGCCACAUAUUUUGCCCUUAACAUUUAUAAUAAAGUUGCUCUUGGAUUAAGACGA